AUGACGUGGGGGAAGAUUGACUGCCCAAGACCAAUGCAAAUGGAAAAAUUUGAUUCGAGCCCAACACCCCAGCAGAGAUUAAUAGGAAAGAAAGAACAAGAAAAACAUUUGCUGAUAUCGAGGGUCGUUUUCAAUUUUGGGGCCAAAAAAGUAAACUGCAAAAUUCAAUACGAAACAAUACCAUCCGAAGAUAUCAGAGCCACCACUUAUUCUCCUAAAAUCGUAUCCAAGACUUGUACACUGAUACCAGAUGAUGGACCCUGCAGAGGGAACAUUCGAAUGUACUACUUCGACCCGGCGUCAUUGAAGUGUAAUAUAUUCUUGUGGGGCGGUUGCCAGGGCAAUGGAAACAGGUUCAAGACCGAGGAAGAAUGCAUAGGAAAAUGUCUUAGUAAGCCUAAUGCUGGACCGCACCGUCCGCGUUGGUGCAACCUGUCAUUUGACUAUGGUUUCUGCUUCGGGAACGAGGAAAGAUGGUACUACGAUCAUCUCUGGAGAGUUUGCAAGAAGACCCUUUAUUCGGGUUGUGGAGGCAACAAAAAUAACUUCUAUAAUCAAGAGCAGUGUGAGUCGGUAUGUCGCUUCGGACAUGAAGGUCUUAUGAAGGUCCAAGAAAAGAAAGAUAAUGGAGGCAUGAGUAAAAUUCUCAUUAUCAACCCUGAGAACGCCACAAAGAAAAGAGGAAGAAUACAAAAGACAGUACCAACAACGCCUUCUAAUGCUAAAGUUCAAUGA